UCCAGCAUUUGUUUGCUAGCGAGGAUUAAAAUGUUAACAGCUGUACUAGUAUAUCGCUGUAGAUUUAUUAAUUCAUCCCUACUUAUUACACCCUGCACUGGUUACAUUCAUUAUAGCAUAUGCCUUGCAAACCUCUCCGGCAUGCGCUACCACGUUCACUUCCAUCCCCGAUAGGUAGGAGGGCCCCUGCCUGCCCCAUGUGCCUAGUUGCUCACCUGAGGUGAGCCGUGCUCCGGCCAGGUGUGCGCCUUCCACCUGCAGGCACACGCCGCCUGCCCUGCAGUUCCCACACUCACGGCUGCGUCGGGUUUACCCUUCCCCAGAGGGGAGCUGAUGCCCAGAGUCUGAUGGGAAGCGAGGGGGCCCCAGGGCUGGGGUGCACGUUGUCCCAUGGCGAGUGUUCCAGAGCUGUUAUGCAGGGGUGGGGACCGUCCCGUGUGUGAGGGUGCGUGCGCGGGGUGGGGGCUGUUCCCGGCUGUUAGUUGAGGCUGCUGUCUCACCCCACUGCUGUCUGUUUGGGGGAGCUUUGAUCCCCCCCUUUCCCACAGCUGUGGGUGAGGGAGGGGCCUCUGUCCCUCCCUCUCCUUCUUCCCCCCACUGGGUAGGUUGGGGAGGGGGCUUUGCCUCCUUCCACCCCCGUUCUGUGGUGUGUGCUCUGCUCCUAACCUGCUCCCCGCCCCAGUGUUUCUGUGAAGGGGGCUCAGUCCCUGGCCAUCUCUGCCCCCUGCCCCCCCAGUGUGUCUGUUCAGAGUGGGCUCUGUCCCAGCCUCUCAGUGGAUGUGUAGAUUUGAGGGGGCAUUUUCUCUCUGUCUAGUCCCUCCAGUGUAUUUUUUUAUGGGCACUGUGUGAGGUGGGUAGAGACUGAGGCUCCAGUUUGUGUGCAGUGGAAAGCUCCACCACCUGUGUGUAACCCCUUUGGGGUUGAGAGAGCAUGGCCCUUUAAAUCUUUGUCCUGGGGGGGGGAGGAGGAAGUGCAGGGGGGAGGGGGAAGAGCGACAGGGUGUGCGUCUGGAGCUCCAGGCAGAAGGGCUGCAGCCAGCGGGAGCGAAGCUGCCCAGAGUCUGCGAGGGACAAAGCAGCGACGCACGGGGACAGCCCAGGACAGGAGCAGCACUGGGGACAGACCGGAGCUGGACCCAGUAGCACGGCUGCCCAGAGCUGCAUGGGGCUACCCUACCAAGAUGAGAUUGGGUCCCUGACUUUUUGGGGGCCUCUCCCUAGUACUGCUGCCCUUUAUAGAAGACAAUGGAUUUGGCAAGAACCCAGAUGUAGGGAUGAAAAGGAACACUGCAAAGUACCUAUGGAAACCUGUACCACAGAGCAAGCCUCUUCCAUGCGAUCGGUUCAAACAUGCUUGCAGCAUCUGCAGAGGGUUUGUUUAUCUUUACGGGGGUCGAUGCAACAGCAGCCUAAGUGACUUCUGGCGGUACAAUAUAGCAAGCAACGAAUGGGAACAACUGGAUUGUUCAAAAGAUGGCCCAGAAGAACUGGAAGAACAUUCAAUGGUGGCUUAUCAGGACAUCCUCUAUAUUUUCGGUGGGAUGGUGGAUUCUGCUUUUAUGCAGGCGAAGAUCCCUCUCUGGAUUUAUGACAUUGAUUCAGCGAGAUGGAGUGAGUGCCGGCACACAGCAGUGGAGAUUGAGAGCAUUGCUCCAGCUAACAGAAAGGGCCACAGCGCAGUAGUGUACAAUUCCAGCAUGUACAUCUAUGGGGGAUACUUCGACAUCAAAGGGAUUUCACAAGAGUUUUGGGCUUUACAUUUUGAUACAGGAGAGUGGUCAAAGGUAUCUCCACUGUCUUGUGAUGCUGGUCCAGGACCCCGGCAUGGUCACACUGCUGUGGUUUACGGCACGGGCAUGUACCUGUUCGGAGGACUGAUGGGGCUGAGUGAACAGAGGGACCUAUGGAAGUGGGACUUUACAAGCUGCAAGUGGUCGACUAUCAGAACAAGCCAAGGUCCUCCAAAAGUGGUGGGACACUCUUCUGUGGUCUUUCAAGACUCCAUGCUGACUUUUGGCGGAGGGAUUUCAAACUCUAGGCCUAACAACAGCCUGUGGAAGUACCAUUUCAGUUCCCAGAUAUGGGAAAAACUGGCUAGUACAACAGAGGUAAUUCUUUCUUCUAAAAGGUAUCACCGCAUCCUGGGAAUUGGUGUUGGUUUCCAACUGAUGCCAGGUUUCUCUGGGGCAUCCCCCAUCAAUCACUGGUGUCCAAAAGGGAAAGAGCCUCAAAAGUUGGUGGCGGUCUCAAAGCAGAAUGCCCAUUUUCAUGGCUACUUUCGCCAGCAGCCAGUACACCAACCAUUCAGCAACGAUGGUGGCAACGAGAUAGAAAUGAAGACCUUUAGCCAGCCUCUGGAGCCAUUGGGCUUUUGCUCAUUCCAAACCUCUUCAGAGGCAGAACUGUGUGCAGACAAAGCACAGAGCAUAUUUUCCAAAAAUGAGCAUUUCUCCCACCUCAUCGCUUCCCAAGAACAAGCUCUCACUGCUGCUGAAGUUACAAAAAACAGGAGAGGAACUGACUGUCAGCCUGAGAGACCUACGAGCAUGGCAGUUACCAACCAUCCUGAUAUGCUGCUCCUGAUUGGGGGCAAGCCCCUGUCCAGUCUCUGUGAAAUCUCACUCUGGCAAAUGGAGCUGAACAGCAUUUAAAUGACACAUACAUAAGAGAAACAUUCCCACCUGCUUCUCAGCAGAGCUAACCAGGAAGUAUUAUAUCCAGUGGCCUGCUUCAAAUUUUGGGUGAAAAACAGUCUUCCUAAUAACUGACCUGAACUUCUUUUUACACAAUCUCGGUUCAUGCUCUUGGUUUUGUGCGGUGGAGAGAUUCCUACCCAGAUCCUUGUGGGAGCCUCUUUUAACCCAAAAUUACAGUAGAUCCUUGCAACCCUCUCCCUAAGAACAACCGAUUGAGCUCCUGAUUCCACCCUUCUCUAUAGUUGCCUUGUCUUCUGGUCACUUUCUAAGUCUUUUUCAAGUUGGUGGCCAAUCCUGUGUACAGUCAUGGAACCCUUUAGGUUAGAAGGGUCCUCUGAGUGGGACCUUCUAGGCCUUACAAGCACUAUUUGUAGAAUACAAUGUGCCAAUUCUGCCUUGACUUACACCAAGGCAACCCCAUCAACAUCAUCGUAAAUGGGUCAAAAGUUGGUCCUCUUGAUAAAUUAAGAUUAUGGUAUUGGCUAAUGCACAAUUUUGAACACUAUUUGGAUGUAUUUAAACAUGCUACCGCCACAAUAUAUUUGAUUCAUUUAGGGGACAGAUUGCAGAUGGCAAACACAGGUCAGCGUAGACAACUGUCCAAGAGUCAGACUGGAACAAAGGAAGAACAUAUUGUGAAUGCAGUGUUAUGCUGGAAGCUGUAUUAAUGGCUACCAUCAGCAGGUCUGUGAUCUGUAAACAAUCACAGACCAGGUUUAAGCUCAUGCAUGUUACUUUCAGGCUAAAUGGAAGGAGGAAUUAGAUCCUUCUUUACGUAGUGAUAGCUAGAAGCAAUAGGAGAAUAGUGCAUAGGACACUGGGCCAUAUGGUAAAGUCUGAGCAGGUCUGAGGGUUUCCCUAAGGGGCCCUCUUGCAAACACAGUGUCUAGAGAUUAUUUGGCAAGCUUUGUAUGUGUUCAAAAGGAAAGUGAGGAGAGCCCAGAGAGGGAGAAGUGACAGAGCAUGCUGCAGAGGAAGACUUGGGAAUUGUUAAUAAAGGAACUGCCUGUUUAUUUCUACUGUGUUCAGGGAAACAGGACUUUGUGUUCAGUCUCUGUAAUGAAACAAGAUUGCAUCAAAAAAUAUUCCUGACUCAUAUUACCAAUUUAUCUUUCUAACUGAAACAAACCUCAAGGUCCUGAAUAUGAGCUAAUUGUCUGGGCCAAGUGGGCAGCAGUAUUAUGCUAUCUAAAUGGAAGAUUUUGGGGUUUUGGAUAUAGAGACAGACCAGCAUACAGCAGCCAUAAAAUGAGCAAAUGAGGUCUUGAGUUGUAUUAACAUAGGGACUGACGAUAACACCAAAGGAAUUAUAUUGUUAGGCCCUGGUGGUACUUAGACCCCAGUUGAAUACUUAGUGAUGUACUGAUCACCAUGCUGCAGGAAGCAUAGGUGGCCAUGGAGAAGCUAUAACAUAGUGCUGCAAGAUAGAUCCUAGGACAUGAUCAAAACCUUGGACAUUUUUUCUGGAAAAAGAGAGAGCUUUUAACUGAGCUUUUUGGUUCAACUAAACGGAGUGAGAAACUUCAUGCUGACAGAGCUCAAAAAUUGGGGCCAGAGUCAAGGGGAAAUGCUACUUCCUUUCUAAUUUCUGCUUUAAUCCUUCAGCUCUGUCAUUUUUAAAAAACUGUUUUCACAUGCCUUAAAAUAGCAAAGUGCAUAUCACACAUUUCCCUUCUAUAGCGAAUGCAGAGAAAAAAAAAAAAAGCAUCUCCAUAGAAUUCACUAGUGGCUCUCCUGCAAAUGCUGGGAAAAGUUGAAAGGUAAAAGUACUGAAUGUACAUGCACAAGCUACUGCAAUUUUUUUUGCUAGAUGCUGCCAUCUCAUGGCCUGAUCCUGAGGAGUUUAGAGCACCCUCAAUUACCACCGAAGAAUAUUCAGCACUUUUCAGGAGAUUCAGUACCUGGCAAGUUCAGCUAUUUUUUCUCAGUUUCAUGACGUUUUUAAUAAUGUAUUUUUAUGACCCGAAACGUGUACCUUGUAAUGAAGGCCAAAUGUAGCAUAAAUGAAUGAGGUUCAGAUAUAUGGCAAAAGUGUUUGGGCCCUCCUUUUAUUUAGGAUUUAUUUUAGUAUGUUUUAAAAAAUCCCCCUCCAUCUAGUUUCAUUAAUCAGAUGUAUCACUUUUUAAAAUAGCGUCACAAAACUUCUGCCUUUAUUAUAUCAUGUAUUUGUCAGCCUAGCCCACAGAACUAUUUGAUAUUUCCAUAUAAAUUAACUACGGAGUUAUUUAACUUAAUGGUUAAUCUUUAGCUUCUCUUAUUACUGCAGUCAAACUUUUAAUGAUACUGGCAGCAGUGUUAUUUUAAUACCGGCUACUUAAUCCAAAUACUGGUUUAAGGAGGAUAAUACGUUGAGAAACCAUGGAAUUAUUUCAGAUUGCUGUGAAGGCAGCUGAGGUGUACAUUAAUUCCUACAUCUGGAAAAGGAACAGUUCUAACUACACCAUCAGAGUACAGGAGAACCUCAGUGUUACAAACACCUCGGGAAUGGAAGUUGUUUGUAACUCUGAACAAAACGUUAUGGCUGUUCUUUCAAAAGUUUACAA